CUCAGCAUUUUGCUGGCAUCCUUUGCCUUACUCUGCACACUCUCGCUAUAAAGCACGAUGUCUCUCGCGGCCCGCCUCUCCGAGAAGAAGAAUCCGACGGACGCGGACGUCGCAGCCGCCCGCGACGUCAUCCCGGGGCCGGCGCGCGACAAGCCCACCGGCCCGGCCCCCGUGUCUGCGCCAAAGUACAUCGGUGUGGAGCACAAGGGAGUGGCGGCGAUGCUCGGGACCGAUGAUAUCAACGCGCAGACGGGCGACACGGUCGAGCAGCCUCUCUCUUCGCCCCCCCGGCCGGCUUCGCGCGACCCCGACGCGAACCUGCCCGCCGGCGUCGACCCCCUCUCCGCCACGGGUUGGGCACCGCGGCCGUCGUCGGCGCCGCCGGUCGCCGUCUCGGACGACGGCGCUCUCGGCCAUGCCGACGGCCUCGAGAACUCGGUGCUGGCUCUGCUGGCGGCCCAGCUCCAGGCGGAACGGCAGCGCGCCGCCGCCGCUGAGGCCAAGCUGAGCAAGGCCCUCGAGUCCACCCAAGCCAUGGCGGUGCGCUCUGCCAUCGCCGAGACGAAGCUCGAGGCGGCCCUCGCGUCCAACGCCGCCCUCGAGGCGGCCAACGCGGCGCUCCAAAAGUAGGCGAGGGUGGGAUCCGCGGCCGACUCCGAUCCAGAGUGUCUCGGGACUCAGCAGCCGUGGAGCCGGCAACGCGCUCCGGCGACACAUACACCGCGCCCCCCCGUGGCCCGCGGUGUGCUCCGUCUCACUCGUCUGCGGAGUAGGUUGCCCCGCCUCUUCCACUUCCCCUUUCCCGACACCAUCCACGCGAAGGGUCUGUGAAUUAAUACAAGGCAAAAGAGCGGCUCUC